AUGCCACCAUCACAACUAGAUAUUUCAUCACAUUCUUCACAAUCAACAAUGAUUCGAGACUGGUCAUUCAACUUGGGCAAUAUUCAAGUGUCUGGGUUAUCCACCCUCUCAUAUAUUUUUGAUUUUUUAUUCUAUACAAUUAUUCUUGUGUUGUCCGCCACUUUAGGCCAUGACUUACCGCCAAGAUAUCACGAAUUUCUGAUUUACGAUCUUUCCAUUAAAUAUACAUACAUAUCUAAUACGACAGUUCCAUUAUGGCUGCUUGCAGUUAUUUCUGGUGGAAUUCCCUUUGCACAGUUUCUAAUGUUUGCACUUUUCACAAGAAACAGAAGCAUUGAGCGGAAGUUAUGGGAUUUCUUUGCUGGGACACUUUGCUUAUUGGGCGCUUUGGCUACUCAAUUAUGGGCAGUUGUAAUGCUAAAGAAUUUCACUGGUUUGCCCAGACCAGAUAUGAUACAUCGAUGCCAGCCAAUGUUUUUCGAUUCGGAUGAUGGUGGUGAUGAUGAUGAUGAUGAACACUAUUUUUAUCAAAAUAAUAAUAUUGACUUUACACAACUUUCCACAGUGGCAAUAUGUUCACAACCAGAUUGGAAUUUGAUAAUGGAAGGUUUUAGAUCUUUUCCUAGUGGACAUGCAUCAACGGUUUUCUGUGGUAUGGUAAUCACCUCGCUCAAUAUGGCUGCACAUUUACAAACUUUUGAUUACAGAAACAACUCUUUUAAAGUAUUUUUGACCAUGGCGCCAUUAUUCUGUGCUGCUUUUGUCGCUAGCACGAGGGUAAGUGAUAACCGACAUUAUUUGCAAGACGUGAUUGCAGGCUCCCUCUUGGGUGGUUUUGUUGGGUUUGCAUUCUAUCACCAAUAUCACCCUAGUGUGUUUAAUCUAAGAAAUCACGGACGAGCGUUCCCACCUAGAAGGUUCGGUGUCGAUGGGUUUCGUCUUCAAGAUGGUGGGUUCUGGACAUUCAACAGCGACAAUGACCCCAAUGGUGGAGAAAUGGAAAAUAACGAAAUCAAUGCAAAUGGUGGAGUAAAUUUAGAGGAGGCAAAUGGUGGGGUAAAUGUUAAUGGUGGUGUGAGUUCAAAUGAUGGAAAUGAUGAGCGUUAUGUUGAUGGAAAUAAUGUGGACAAUUUAGGUUUGGAUAAAGUUGCAACUAUUCAUGGAGUAAAUACAAAAGCAGUGAUUAACAAUGAUAUAAGCAACCGCUUACCACUAAACGUCGGGAAAGAAAGAAUGGAAGUUGCAUAG